CAAGCUAAGACCAUCAGCUAAGCCAUGCAAGACGUUAUCCUCCUCUUGCUUUCCAUGGCGGUCCACGUCGUCGUCAGCAGCCUGCUCCGGCGUGCACCGCCGUUCAAGGAAAUGCAAACCCGCCUCGCCGCCGCCAAGUGGGCUCUGGUACGGGACUUCUCCGCUGCGUUGCGGCAGGACGUCGUCGUCACAGACCGUGUGACCGCGCACCACCUCCUCGUCCGCGGUGGCGCCGGGGGCGCGUUCUGCAACCGCCCGCCGACGAGCGCGGCCAGCUCCGUCCUCUCGCGGCAGCGUCACCACAACAUAGGCUCGGCGCCCUACGGCCCGCUGUGGCGCGGCAUCCGCCGCAACCUCGUCUCGGAGGUCUUCCACCCGUCGCGCCUCCGCGUCUACGCCCCCGCCCGCCGCCGGGCGCUCUGCGGCCUCGUCGCGGACCUCCGGGAACAGUGCACGUCGUCUAACGAUGGGUUAGUCCUCGCGGCCGAGAGCAUCCACGCUGCUUUGUUCGGCCUGAGCGCCGCCAUGUGCUUUGGCGACGGCGUCGACCCGGGCCGGGUGCGCGCCAUGGCCGACGGCAUGGAGGACCUCAUCAGGUCCCUCGUUGGGCUGCGUGUCUUUGCCGCACUGCCGGCGCUGACCGAGCUAAUCUACCGCCAACGGUGGAACAAGCUGGUCACACUCAGGCGGCAGCAGGAGGAGAUGUACCUCCCGCUCAUCGAUGCCCGGCGCGGCCUACUGCGCCGCCCAUCCGGCGAAGCUCCAACGUAUGUCGACACGCUCAUAGACCUCCUCGUCGGAGACGACAACUCCGCCUCCGGUGCAAAGGCUCCCAAGCAAAGGCUAGCAGACGGCGAGUUCGUGGGGCUCUGCUCGGAGUUUCUUGGCGCCGGCACGGAGCCGGCGGCGGCGGCGCUGCAGUGGAUCAUGGCGAACUUGGUGAAGCAUCUGGACGUGCAGGAGGCCGUCCGGAGCGAGAUCGACGCCGUCGUCGGAGCGGACGCGGAGGAGGUCAGCGAGGAGGACCUUGGGAAGCUGGAGUACCUCAACGCUGUCCUCAUGGAGGCGCUGCGCCUGCACCCCACGGUGCCGUCGGUGGCCAGGCAGGUGAUGCCCGACGACCACGUUUUUCUCGAUGGUCGUCGCGUCGUGGCGGGGACGACGGUGCAGUUCCCCCUGGAGCGCCUGGCGCGGGACGAGACGGCGUGGGCCGAGCCGGACAAGUUUAUGCCGGAGAGGUUCCUUGCCGGCGGCGGGGGCAGCGGCGUGAGCCUCGUGGCGGCGGCAGGAAGCGCCGGAGAGAUCAAGAUGAUGCCGUUCGGGGCCGGCAGGAGGAUGUGCCCUGGCAUGGGUGUCGCGAUGCUCCACCUUGGCUACUUCGUGGCCAACCUCGUGAGGGAGUUCGAGUGGACGGAGGCGGAAGGCGACCUGGCUGUCCACCUCGAGCCGCAGGUCGGGUUCUUAAACGUCAUGAAACGGCCACUCCGUGCUCGGCUCGCGCUGCGGAAUAAGGCGGGUUGAACUUCUUCGGACCCAUAAACAUCGGUGAAGAGAAGCACCGAGAAACCACUGUCUAUCUUUUCUGGCUUCCAUUAUCCAAGUUUAUUCAUUGUCUGAAUUGUUUGAUCUAAAGUCUAUAUUGCCCGACUGUAAUUGUAAUUGUGUCCCAUCAUAAGCCUGCGGCACUAGGGGUCAGCCGUUGCUGAACUGUAUUUAUACUAUUUCAUAAUCUGGGUAAAGUUGGUUAGCCAAGGAGUAGUUACUUUGCUUGCUACACGUCAUCCGACUGAUCUUUGACAAGGAUCC